AUGCAUUCACUUGACAGCUUGGAGCUUUUCUUCGAUGCAUAUGAAAAGGCUACAUAUCAGAUACGACGACUAAUUCCCUCUCUCGAUGAGACUAUAACAACGUCUCUACGAUCACACUUGGUGCCCCCUCAAAAUAAGCUUGAUGAAGAAGUGUACGCUGGACUUCCUACUCUCCAUAAUGCUCGUCCUCUCUUCCAAGCCCUUGCAAAAUGCCCACCAUCAGUUGAGUCCGUGACUCAUGAGAAUUCCUCAAAGCUUUCUGGUCGACAGUUUCUUUGCCGAUUAGAGCUGGUUGCCACCGUCGCUAGCAUUUAUGAGUUGCAUUCAACUGAGGCAGCUGCGUGGCAAGCUAUCGAGGUCCUCUCGCGUCACACACAACGGGUGAUUGACGAAGUUUAUGGUCUUGUGAACCGAGCGUUUUUGAAGCUGAGAAUUGCCGAGCAGACAUGCUUUGCCGAUCGCAAAGAAUUGACACAUAAAAUCGGCCGAAUUCAGUCUGCACUCAAGUCCAAGUCAUCUCUGCUUUCCGCCUACGAAGACUUGGUGACUCGAGUAAGGUUACCAACUGCGCACACAAAUCUUCAGUGUGUUGUAGCGGAUUCUUUACUAGUCUACUUGGAACAUUAUGACAAUUUUUGUUCGAUCAGUUCGCGCCUGGACAUUGUUUUGAUGCGUCAUAAGGACUUUCUCGAUAGCAAAGUCUGGGCAGCUGUUUACUGUCGCGCUUUCAUCAACUGGUUGGUGCUUCGUGCGCGGUUGUCCACCGGUGCCCCUCCUAUACCUGUUACGGAUGAGGAUGCCGAGACUCCAGUCUCGUCGCUGUUUGCGGCCAUAAAUAUCAAAACACAUGGUCGGACAUUGGUCAAAUUUAUUAUGAGUCAUAUUGAACCGAAGAUAGACCAGUGUGAUGGCGAUAAGGAGAAUCAGGUCCCUGGUGAAAGUUUGCACUCUAAGCGCUUAACUGCGUCUGAUGUUCCUGGUAAGUUCACCAAUCUAGUUAUAUACUUUGCCAUAGUUCGGCAGGCGCUUCCGUUAAUUUGCAUAUUCGUUACAGUUUCAGACAUGGUGAAUUUGUGGUUGGGCUCUCGGCUGCUCUUGAAUGGAACGCUUCAAGUUGCGGAACUCUACACACUCCUUGGUACUGUCAAAGAGGCUCGUGUUUAUCAAUUAGAACUGCUUCGUAUUGCCCAGAGGUUCCAUAAUCCCUGUUGCGCACAAUCAGCAAUUUGCAUGAUGGCUUAUACUGACCUUAUUUCUCAACGCAAAUGGGCCUUUGAUCUGCGCCUCUCUCAAUUGAAUCACAUUCUGAAUUCCAUUGUUUCACUCGACGAUAUAAUAAAAUCUCGGGAGGCGCAUCUUACAAAUAAAUUCAAUAAGUUUGGUGAUGGGAAGGAUGAGGAAGACGAUGAGGAGAGCAGUUUCCUCCAGCGCCCGAAUGAGAGGAAACAUCCCACUCAAAGGCUAUAUGAUAGCGAAGGUGAAGAAGAGUACGAUGGAAUGGCCACAAAUCCGGUGGUGGAUGCCUUGGCCGGUGGUCUGCCAGAUUUGUAUCCUGCUACGCCCAUUAAGGGUAUUGCUGUUAUGAACUCGCCAAGCGGUUAUCCAUCUCUUCAGACUCUAACGAGGGUCCUUUCCAAAAAAAACGGGCAGAGGACGGUUGAGGAGGAGGGUGUGUUCACAACGAAAGCAUGCGCUCAUAGAAUUCUAAACGGAUGUCUGUGGGUUUGGGUGGGGGAAGUGUCCGAUCUCAUAAGGACCAAAGUCAUUGGUCGUGAUCACUUUUUUUCUGCACUUAUACCGCCUAGUCAAACUAUUGAGGAGAAAUCGACCUCACCAGACGAUCUUUCAACUAUGUUGGAGAGUAAAUGUUCAGUGUCUUCAAAUGGUUUUGCUGUCACUCCGGCCCGACCGAUGACGAAAGCAGCCCGUGCGGCAGCUAGAGCAGCUCAAAUGACUCGAUCCACUCCACUGUCUUCGACGGAUCAGGAGGACAUUUUGAAUGGGUCUGUUCAUCCACCGAAUGCGCCUCGCCGAUUGGAUAUUUCCUGGCUGAACGAUGUCGACGCCGUGGUGGCAUCGAGAACUAGACGAGGCAUCAGUUCCACUAAGGAUUCGUCUGCUCCAGCGGAUACUCGAAAAAAAAUCGAUGGAUUCGAAAGCAUUGACUAUUCUUGUGGAAGUCGCAAACCAGUAGAUUUCAGUCUGAAAGUUUCAAAUGCUUUUGAAACCCCAGUUGGAUGCUCCCCUGCUGUUCCCCAAACCCAUCUUGGUUCCUCCACAUCAAAUUUUGUGUUUGGCAGGGAGCCUAGAGCACCUCUCCAAAUUCUCCGGGAUACCGACGUUCAGAAGGAAUCUGCAAUGUCUGGUGCACCCGAGUACUCCGAUACGGACGAUGGUGAGCGAAUGAAGGAAGAGGCUGGAGAUCCAGUUGAAACCUGUCCUGCAGUAGCAUUCCGUGUUCCACUCCCUCGUAACGUCAAGUUGACCAAAAAGUAUCUCUUUUCGGGACAUCCUCGCAUCAACCUUGCGCCACUGUCGCCCUUGUGUGACCCUCCUGAAACCCUGGUUAAUGCGCAGGACGCUUUCGCUGACCGUCUCUAUUCCGCCUACUCUAGCCUAUCCGCGCUUCCUGUGCCGCAUCUCCUGCGGCCGGUCUGUCAGUGGCUAGGAUUGCGCUGGCUGGGGCUCGGAAAUCAGGGCCAGGCCGCUCGUUACUUUGGCCAGGCAACUGGGAUCGCUGCAUGUGGGCUCUUUACGUCAAUUCUCUCUUCCAAACUUAAAUUUGAGGGAUCUGCGGAAUCCCUGAGGUCGAUUUACGCAAUGUCAGCUCCAAACGACUCCAGCGCAUACUUGAAUAUCCGCGCCAGCAACAUGCCACCCGUGAACGUGGUUCAGCUAAUGCUGGUGGACGAAUUAGGUCAGUUACAGACGUUCGACGACUGCGAUAGCGACGGCACCCAACCGGCUAGAGACCUCGUUUCUGGUGGGUUGGGUUCUCGAAAGCAAGUCUACCUCAUCGCCACACGAUGGGUUCUUGGUGGUCCGGAAGCGGCGUACGAGUCACGUGUUAUUCAUAGAUUCUCUUUCAGUGGUCUACAAUAUCUAAAGGAUUUCAGUGAUCUUCAAAGUCAGAACGUCGAGUCAAUGCAGGAGGAGGACCGCCGUCGAUUUUGGUCUCUGCGUUUUUCUCUCGAUAGUCGACUGAAGAACCUUAUCGACGAAAUGCGUAAUCAGUGGUUCACCAUUGAAGACCUUGAAUGGAUUAAAGGACGGGGCCAUUUACAAGCCUCCCUCUACGAGCGACCGUGCAUUUUGGUACUUGAUCGGCAAUUGACUCUUCUACCAUGGGAAUGGCUUAUUUGGGGCCAGUGGGAUGAGAACGAAGCAAAAUGCAAUGUUCCUGCCGUCUGUCGGAAUUUCUCCAUCAGCCUCGUCAUUGGUCAUCUUAGUUUAACUAAAUCCCAUUUUGCCAAGUUCGAUCCAGACUCAACCUUCUACGUGGUGAAUCCGGAGGCCAACCUGUCUCACACAGAGAGCACUUUUAAGAGCUACUUUGAUCAAAAUUUCCCCAAUUGGGAUGGAAUUCUUGGGCGUGCGCCACAGGCGCAAGAGGUAUUACGCGGGUUCACUCAAAAGGAUCUAUUCGUCUAUUUGGGUCACGGAAACGGCUCAAAAUGCCUCAUGUCUGCCUUCGACGAGGGCCAGAAUGCCAAGGCUGUGGCGUUCAUCAUCGGGUGCAGCUCUGGUCGUCCGCGCUUAGAAGGGAGACACGAGGCCUACGCUUCUGUCUUCAACCAUCUUAUUACCGGAGCUCCUACUGCAGUUUCGCUUUUGUGGGACGUCACAGACAAAGACAUCGAUCGCUUCACCCAAAAAUUCAUUGACAAGUGGAUUUUGCUGAAGGAUGAAGACGAUACAACACCAUUAUCGAUGACAUGGAAGAUAUUCAGAGCUACGAAGGCGUGCAAGUUGCAAAGCCUCGUGGGAAAAUCUGUCGUUGUAUACGGGAUUCCGGCUGUCCCGAUUCGUCAAAAAGAGUAG